GGGGCCCGCUGCGUCCUCCAGUCGCUGCGGAGACGCCACGACGCAGGCCGACCAUGGCAGAGUUCUCCCAGAAACGGGGGAAGCGGCGUGGCGACGAGGGGCUGGGCAGCGUGGUGGACUUCCUCCUGGCCAAUGCCCGCCUGGUGCUGGGUGUGGGCGGGGCUGCCGUGCUGGGCAUUGCCACCCUGGCUGUGAAGCGGUUCAUCGACAGGGCCACUAGCCCACAGGAUGAGGAUGACACCAAGGGGGACAGCUGGAAGGAACUGAGCCUUCUCAAGGCCACACCGAACCUGCAGCCCCGGCCCCCGCCUGCUGCCCUCAGCCAACCUGUGUUGCCCCAGCCCCCCCUGCCCUCUGCCCCAGAGGGUCCUGCAGACACUGUUCCUCAUGUGCCACCUCAGCUCAGCUCCCCAGCACCGCUGUGCCUGACGUUCCAGGAGAAGCUGCUGGCAUUUGAGCGGGCCCACGUGACCAUCCCAGCAGCCCAGGUGGCUUUGGCCAAACAGCUGGCUGGUGACAUUGCCCUGGAGCUGCAGGCUUACUUGCGGAGCAAGUUCCCAGAACUGCCCUUUGGGGCACUUGUGCCCCAGGGGCCGCUCUACGAUGGGCUACAGGCAGGGGCCGCCGACCACGUGCGUCUGCUGGUACCGCUGGUGUUGGAGCCGGGCCUGUGGAGCAUGGUGCCGGGUGUGGACACUGUGGCGAGGGACCCUCGCUGCUGGGCUGUGCGCAGGACUCAGCUUGAAUUCCACCCCCGAGGGAGCAGCCCCUGGGACCGCUUCCUGGUGGGAGGCUACCUUUCCUCCCGCGUCCUGCUGGAGCUGCUCCGCAAGGCACUGGCUGCCUCCGUCAACUGGCCAGCGAUUGGCAGCCUUCUCGGGUGCCUGAUCCGGCCCAGUCUGGCCUCGGAGGAGCUGCUGCUCGAGGUGCAGCAUGAGCGCCUGGAGCUCACAGCAGCUGUGCUUGUGGCAGUCCCUGGGGCCGAUGCUGAUGACCGCCUCCUGUUGGCCUGGCCCCUGGAGGGGCUGGCCGGGAACCUCUGGCUGCAGGAUUUGUACCCAGUAGAGGCCGCCAGGCUGCGAGCCCUAGAUGACCAUGACUCUGGGACCCGCCGACGGCUGCUGCUGAUGCUGUGUGGCAUCUGUCGUGGCCACUUGGCCCUGGGGCGGCUGGGCCUGAGCCACCUGACCCAGGUGGUUCUGCGUCUGGGGGAGGAGGAUGUGGAUUGGGCGGAGGAGGCCUUGGGGGAGCGCUUCCUGCAGGCCCUGGAGCUGCUCAUCUGCAGCCUGGAGCGGGCCAGCCUGCCCUGCCACUUCAACCCCUGCGUGAACCUCUUCGACAGCUUGUGCGAGGAGGAGAUCGACGACAUUGGCUACGCGCUGUACAGUGGCCUACAGGCACCUGAGGUGCUGCUCUAGACGGGUGGGGACGGGGGUGGCCGGCAAGUUUUCUGAUACUGGUGAGCUGUGCUCGUCUCCCAGGGAUUUGGAGAGUGGAUUUUCUCUUGCUUUUAGCCAGGAUGAAAGAGGGUACAUUACCCAAACCCAGGGCAUUGGUGUGUGCUUGGGCUGUGAUCACCAGGAUCCCUAAGCCUGAAGAGCGUGGGUCACCGUUGCCUGAGUGCACCUGGACUGCCUCGGCAGCAUGGAGUGCCAGCCACUCACGCAGGAGCCCCACGUUCCUUUGGGGUCAACCCCAGGACUUUGGGCUCUGUCCAUCAUCACCAGCAACGAAUCCACUGACAGAACGUGGCUCCUGCCAUCCGAGGCAGGGAUGAAGGCAGUUCCAUUUUUCUGCUGAGAGUCAUUUAAUGCUUUCCUUGGGCACCAGCUCCAGGCACCUUGAGGCAUCUGGUGCCAGGUGGU